AUGGCUGGUAUUUCAGAUAGAGCUCUCUAUCAUAAGCUCACAAAACCUUCCACUAUGGCGGAGAAUCCUUACAAACUAGAUGCCGAUGAUCUAAAGAUUGGCACGCCUGAAUAUUUCUGGAAGUGCUAUUUUUUCAUCCAUGGGAGUCUCAUGGACAUUGAAGUGCUUGCCGAAGCCCUCGGCGUACCAUCUAACGAUUUGAAACUAAAAUUACGCCCUGCUCAGGUUCUGAGCUAUGAGACUAAGUUCUGGCGCGGAUGCCCUGUGCUUCAACAUUCACAAUUUGAUGCUACUGUCGAUGGUAUGGCUUACUACGUGAAGACCCGGGAAGAGAGAGAGCGCCUCAUAGAACAUCAGCCAAAGGAAUAUAUCCCGCAUAACUGUCACAUCAGAUUCUCUGAUCUUCCAAACGGAGAGACUGAACAAAGAGCAAUGAAUGUCUCUGCUUCACUUUCUAGAAUUGUCGAGAAAGAAAUGUCAUCCAGCAUAAUAAGUGAAUGGCCCUCUGUUGCUUUAGGAGGAGAUGAAGAUCAUCCCACUGCUCACUCUUCUAUUCCCUUUUUUAAAGGUCUGCUUGAUAUUUCCAGUUAUAGGAAUAUAUCACUUCUAGCCUACAUCUACUUUUCACCUAUUUCCAUUCACUGCCAAGUCGAGCAAAUGGACGCCGACUAUAAAGUCGGCAUCGAGGUAGAGAUCGUCCUGAUACCAGAGGACAAGAUGCUCAAGUCAAUAGAGGACCUUGCAAAGAAGUUUUUGCUGUCGAAUGCUCAUCCCCGAUCAUGCAUCACCAACUGGAAAAAAUCAGUAACAUCGGUUUUCAACCAUUUGAGAUCCUUCGCAGAUCUUGCAGUGAACAGCUCGUGUGGUUUCCAUGUCCAUGUGAGUAAAGAGAAAGGCUCCUGGAACCUGGAAGAUCUUAAGCGCAUAUCGCGCGCUAUUAAUUAUUUCGAGUCGUCUAUUGAACUCGUCGUCCCUGAGAGCCGUCGAAGAAAUAUCUGGGGGAAAAGUAACUGGACAGAUAACCCACGGUUUGAUGGGUUAUCUGAGGAAGACUCGUACGCUCUUAUCGAGGCCUGUACAAACGAUGUUUGA